AUGUCCAAGGGAAUCCUGCAGGUGCAUCCUCCGAUCUGCGACUGUCCAGGCUGUCGAAUAUCCUCCCCGGUGAACCGGGGGCGGCUGGCGGACAAGAGGGCAGUUGCCUUGCCCCCUGCCCACGUCCUGAGGACGGAGCUGACCCCCAGCCUCUCAGCCAGUGGUGCCAGCGACGGGAGAGGCCCGGCCUGUGGGCAGCGGCUGGGCUUGAAGCAGGAGGACGACCCGCAUGUCCAUAUCAUGAAAAGAAGAGUCCACACCCACUGGGAUGUGAACAUCUCCUUCCGAGAGACGUCCUGCAGCCAGGACAGCGACCUUCCCACCCUCAUAUCCAGUGUGCGUCGCAGCCGCCACCUCGUUAUGCCCGAGCAUCAGAGCCGCUGUGAAUUCCAGAGAGGCAGUGUGGAGGUCGGCCUGGGAGCCGCAGGUGACCUGUCGGGCAAGAGGCUGGGCCGCUCCGCCCGCAUCAGCGGCGACUGCCCUGCGGAGAAGAAGGCGCGAAGCGCGUCCCCUCGAGAGGGUCCAUUGCUCCCGGAACUAGGGCCCGGCAUGGCCCCCGAGGACCAUUACCGCCGGCUGGUGUCCGCCCUGAGUGAGGCCGGCACCUUUGAGGACCCUCAGCGUCUCUACCACCUGGGCCUCCCCGGCCACGACUCUCCCGGCUGGGCCUCGAACGGCCACUGUCACUUCACAGAUGAGGAAGCUGAGUCUCGGGAGCCCACGCGAGAGUGGGAGAAGCAGGAUGGGCGACGGUUCAGGUUUGGCCGCCCGGCCUUCACGGCCUUCACUGGUGCUCAGGAGGCGCUCCGGCCAGAGGCGCCACGCCCAUCCCACCCGGCUCCCAGAUGGGACGCUUGGAAGCCCCCCUGCCACCGGCGUGGGGGACGUGAGGGCCUGGUGGGGGCUGGCCUCUGGGUCACUGCUGCUGCCGCCCCCUCCUCAGAUCUCCUGAGGGUCCGGCAGGAGGUGGCAGCGGCAGCCGCGAGGAGCCCCAGCGGCCUGGAAGUCCACCUGCCCUCAUCCACAGCAGGUCAGCGUCGGAAGCAGGGCCUGGCUCAGCACCGAGACGGCACCGCCCCAGCUGGCGCCCCGUCCUUCUCAGAGAGGGAGCUGUCGCAGCCACCCCCCUUGCUGUCGCCCCAGAAUGCCCCCCACAUCGCCCUGGGCCCCCAUCUCAGGCCCCCCUUUUUGGGGGUGCCCUCGGCCCUGUGCCAGACCCCAGGCUACGGCUUCCUGCCCCCUGCCCAGGCGGAGAUGCUCGCCCGGCAGCAGGAGUUCCUGCGGAAGCAGAACCUGGCCCGGCUGGAGAUGUCAGCAGAGCUGCUGCGCCAGAAGGAGCUGGAGAGCGCGCACCGGCCGCAGCUGCUGGCACCCGAGGCCGCCCUGCGCCCACCCGACGGUGCCGAGGAGCUGCAGCGGCGCGGGGCCAUGCUGGUGCUGAGACACAGCUCUGCGCCCCUGCUGGCCCUGCCUCCCCAGGGACCCCCGGGCCCCGGCCCCGGCCCCCCCACCCCGCCCCAGGAGCCUGCCCGCCGAGCUCCUCGGAAGGGGGGGCCCAGCCCUGCCUCAGCCCGGCCCAGUGAGCCCAAGGAGACCACAGGGGCUGGGCUCUGGGCACAAGACGGCUCUGAAGAUGAGCCCCCCAAGGACUCAGACGGAGAGGACCCCGAGAUGGUGGCUGCUGGGGGCCAGGGCCCCAUCCUGAGCCAGGACCCAACUGGAGGGGCCAGCUCUGAGGAGAAGGGGCUUGCCUCAGGGUCCAUGUUGCCCCCUCCUCUGCCCCUGGGCUUGCCCUACACGGUCAGCCCCUACUUCCACACAGGCGCCACGGGGGGCCUCCUCAUGGAUGGGGAGGGGGCCGCAACGCCCGAGGACGUCAGCAAGUGGACAGUGGACGACGUCUGCAGCUUUGUGGGCGGCCUGUCGGGCUGCGGAGAAUACGCACCGGUCUUCAGAGAACAGGGGAUUGACGGGGAGACCCUGCCCCUGCUGACAGAGGAACAUCUCCUGACCACCAUGGGGCUGAAGCUGGGGCCUGCUCUCAAGAUCCGGGCCCAGGUGGCCAAGCGCCUGGGCCGAGUCUUCUACGUGGCCAGCUUCCCCGUGGCUCUGCCGCUGCAGCCACCAACACUGCGGGCUCCCGAGAGGGAGCUCAACUCAGGGGAGCAGCCCUUGUCCCCAGCACCGGCCCCCUCGCCCUACGGGGGCGCGCAGCCCCCUGCCAGCCGAGCCUCACCCAAGCAGGAGAACGGAACCAUGGCUCUGCUCCCAGGGCCCGCGGACCCCUCCCAGCCUCUGUGCUGA